AUGGACGAGGAGGAUUAUGGCGAUAUCGCGGAUGAAGAUCUGAUUGAAGCACUGAGCCAGCCAUCCCAAGAUCUUCCACCACUGCGCCCAUCACCGCAGUCGCAAUCGAACAAGCGUAGGAGACUGAAUCAUGGAACAAGUGACGAUGGGUCGGACAUCUUGGCUGGAUCUGGCGGCGAUGAAGAUGAAGAGAAUGAAAAGUCGAAAAAGAAAAAGUACAGGAUACACGUUGGAGCUGAUACAAUUCCAGCCCCAAAGAUUUGGGGCGCUACGCAAGCUGAAGGAUAUCCCGAUUCGAGUCCUUCCCGCAUUCGAGGUCCCAUAUACAGGAAACCACGUCCGGAAUCGCCAAAGCCUUCACAGACCAUUGUAAACACUCGAAAACAACCUCAACAAAAAUCUCUGUUUGAUUCUUUCCAAAGGCGGCAAAAGACCCCGCCACCGCAAAAUGAUAUCUCAGGAGAGCUUGCGGACCUUCCAUCAGACGCUUUCUCCUCUCCGGAGAAUAAUCAUGAAGCCAUACUAAUAGGGUCUUCGCCCCCGCGCCCGACUCAGUCGAAUUUUGCAAGGCAGCGCCUCGCCGCACCUCUGAAUGGACUCAAACAGACAACUUUGUUCGGAUCCCAUGCUGCUCCUGAGGUAGUCACGGCUUCUCAGGCCAGGAAAGUGCACAAUUUUAUUGUUGAUUUACCGCCAGAAGCCCCAACUCAUCAUAAGCUUGACACAGAAGCGUUGAAAACUUGGGUCUAUCCUACAAAUCUCGGUACAAUCCGUGAUUAUCAGUUUAGCAUUGUUCGAAAUGGCCUUUUCAACAACCUCCUCGUAGCGCUGCCCACAGGUCUAGGGAAAACCUUCAUCGCUGCUACAAUAAUGUAUAAUUACUUUCGAUGGACGAAAGAUGCUCAAAUCGUGUUUGUCGCGCCAACUAAACCUCUCGUUGCGCAACAAGCUGAGGCUUGUUUUGGCAUUGUGGGAAUACCAAAAUCGCAGACGACGAUGCUCACAGGCGAACAACAACCCGCGUUGAGAGCUGAAGAGUGGGCAACGAAAAGGAUUUUCUUUAUGACCCCCCAAACUUUCGAAAACGAUCUCUCGAGUGGCAUUGCUGAUCCCAAGAAAAUUGUUCUCCUUGUUGUAGAUGAGGCACAUCGGGCCACCGGAAACUAUUCGUACGUCAAGGUGGUAAGCUUUUUACGGAGGUUCAAUAAGAGCUUUCGCAUACUUGCCUUGACCGCAACCCCGGGUUCUAGUGUUGAAUCAGUACAAGAAGUGAUUGAUGCGUUGGAAAUCUCUAAAGUCGAAAUCCGAUCCGAAGUCUCGAUUGAUAUUUCGCAAUACGUCCACCGGCGUGAUGUUGACCAGAUUAUCCUUGAUCCGUCCGACGAAAUAGUCAAAAUUAAGGAGCUCUACUCCAAUGCUCUGAAACCGUUGCUCAGCCUGCUUUGCAGCCAGAACGGGUACUACAAUAAGGAUCCUAUGUCUUUAACUGCCUUUGGUCUGAUACAGGCAAGGAAACAAUGGUUCGCCUCUGGAGCCGGGAAAUCCGCGGGUUUUGGUCUAAAAGGCAUGAUGAAUGGCUUGUUUGCCAUUCUUGCGAGCGUAGCUCAUGGGAUAAAGCUCCUCGAGUUUCACGGCAUCGCCCCAUUCUACUCUGCGGUCAAAGACUUUCGUGAUAGCGCCAACGAGGGUAAAGAUGGUGGUGGGAAAUACAGGAAGCAGAUUCUCGAAAACCCAGACUUCAGAGAGAUGAUGAAUUUGAUGCAGAGAUGGAUUAACCUGGAGGACUUUAUUGGCCAUCCCAAGCUCACUUGUCUCUGCGACACAAUCCUCAAUCAUUUCUUGGAUGCUGGUGAAGGAAGACUGGGAGAAGACAUGCCUCCCAGCGCAACCCGUGUCAUUGUGUUUGCAGAAUACCGUGACAGCGCUGAGGAUGUUUGUCGAGUAUUGAAUAAACAGCAGCCAAUGAUUCGAGCAUCAGUCUUUGUCGGCCAGGCUGAUUCCAAACGUUCCGAGGGUAUGAAUCAAGCAAAACAGCUUGAGACUAUCAAGGAUUUCAAAAAUGGGAAGAUCAAUGUUAUAGUUGCAACCUCGAUUGGGGAGGAAGGAUUAGAUAUUGGCCAAGUUGACCUCAUUGUCUGCUAUGAUGCUUCAGCGUCGCCGAUUCGAAUGCUUCAGCGCAUGGGUCGGACUGGUAGAAAGCGAGCUGGACGUAUUGUUCUCUUGUUGAUGCGUGGAAAGGAGGAGAACAAUUUCGUCAAGGCCAAGGAUAAUUAUGAGCAGAUGCAGAAAAUGAUUAGCUCAGGGCAACGAUUCAAUUUCCGACACGACCUCUCGGUGCGCAUCGUGCCAAGAGACAUCAAUCCCGUCGUUGACAAACGGAUUAUCGAGAUCCCAAUCGAAAACACGCAAGAUACUUCACUACCAGUCCCAACUAGAAGGGCCAAAAAAGGAGCGAAAAAGCCGCCAAAGAAGUUUCAUAUGCCGGAUGGCGUUCAAACCGGCUUUCAAUCCGCAUCUAAUUUAUCUGGAAAGAAGAGAGUCCAAGCAUCUCCCCCGAGCGACGUCGAAAUUGUUACCCAAAAGAAGAGAUCAGAAAUCAUACCUGAAGCUGCUUUGGUUCCGAUCAUAGAUGUAAGGCAAGUGAUUCUCGAUCACGAAGAAACUCAAGAGCUGGAGAGGAGGUUUCAGAAUAUUGCUGGUGAUGAAUUUGAAGAAGUUGGGAUGCCCGACCUAACAACACAACCAAAAUCGCAACGAUCGCUAAGUCGUAUUGCAAAGAUCCAGCAUGGUCAGUAUACGAAUAGAUGUGUAAAUUUGUUCCAGACACUUUCCGAUUCGCAGAGCUAUGAUGAUCGUUACCUGAAGCCUUACGGAGAUACACCACCAUUACGAGAGUCAUGGUACGUUCCACCUCCUGCUGAAAGGAUGGUCACCACCAAAGCAACCCCCAAAAUCAAAAAGUUGGCCGUACCCCGUUCAAAACAGACACCAAAAGCACCAAAGACUAAGCCAGCUUCUAAAGCAAAGAGGCCUCGUGCUCAGCUGUUCGGGAUGAUGGACCCGGGUAGUGAUAUGGAAGCAACUCCGGGUGGUACGGCUGCAGGGGAGAUUAGUGGUGAUGAUACCGAGGGAGAAGGAGAUGAUCUGGCCGGUUCUGAAGAACCUUCUCAGGAAAGCGAGAUGCCCUCUAGUAUGCUGGAUUUUGUCGUCAACGAUGAAUCUUCAAGUCUAGGCAUAAGAAGAAGUAGUGUUACUCGCUCAUCCAGCCCUCCACCUACCGAGCCUCCUGGAAAGAAGAUCGAGCUUGCAUCCCUAUUUUGUACCCAGAAUUCGGUUGAUGACGAUCAUGACCGCAAUGAAUCGGACACUUCGACUCUUACGGGACGAGUACCUGAAGAAUUUCCCGAGAAUAGUGUUCAGGUGCCAAGCUCAGAUACGGAGGUAGUACCUCCUUUAGCGAGGACGAAGAGACAGAGAGCUCCCAUCUUCGAAGAUGAUAGUGAUGAGUAA